AUGAGUCCUGAUGUUGUUGAAGGGGAUGUUUGCCUGUAUGAGGACCUGGAGAACUUCUCCAAACCCACAGGCAAGGCUGUCAAAAACAAGACUAUCACCCACAAGCUAAAAAAGAUGUUUUAUAAAAGCGGAUCCAAGAGUAAAAAGAACAAAGCCUUUGUUGACUCAGGUGUGUCGGCAGGUACAGAAUCUGAAGUGGAUACAGUAGAUGACACAGAGGAAGCUGACAGCGACCAUCCCGAGACAUUUUCUCGCACCAGCAGUGAGCGCAGCAGCGGCCGCCUGGUCCGUGAAACUGCUGCUCUCAGCAGUCUGUCUACAGCAGCAUCCUCCGCAGCAGCGGAUGACUCCGGGCUGGCUGCCAAUCAAAUGCAGAUUUCAGUGUCUGUGUCUGGCUUGCAUUCCCCGCCUCCCUUGCCACCAAGAACAACGAAAGUGCCGAGUCAGCCGCAGGCACACUCUCCACCUCUUCCACCAAGAAAUGCUUCCACUUCCAGCAAGGCAUCAUUGGGGAACCCACAGGAGAUAGCCAUGCCUGUGUCUCCAACUGGCAAAAGUUCUGGUCGCAUGACUGACAAUAAGUCAAAAGAUGUACUCACUCUGGGAGGAAACAGUCAAGAUAGUUGUGAUUCAGGUCCUACACCAGCUGGAAAAACAGAAUGUACAGAUCAUGAGAUGUCAUCAUCUGUUGUACUGGAUAAGCUAGAGAGAUCAGAACGAAAGACAGGAAGCACAAGCCAGACCUCAUCGACAGCAUCUGCAGCAUCUUCGGUCCCGACUGCCAUUUAUCCUGACAUCAGUGCCUUCCCAGAGCUCAAGGCCGACUCUGGCAGUCUCUACGUUGAUCUUGAGGAUGAGCACAUCUAUGGCAAGGCUUCGGAUAAAUAUGUUAGUAAGUUCCAGUCGGAGCCUCUGUAUCAGUGGUACAGCAAGGACAAGGUUAUUCAGAACAUGCGCUCUGACAAGUCUACGUCUGAAGACCUGUCUUCUGAUGAUGAGUACAUGGAGGACAAGAGACGUCCAGAGUCCCUCUAUGAAGAUGUUGAAAAGCUACUUGAGAAAUCUGGUAGCUUUAUCUCUGUCAACAAGACCGCCAGUAUCGGCCACAAAAGCAAAGGCAGCACCAGAGGCUCAAAUAGCUUUGAUCAGAUCAGUAUCACAGACAAACCCGAGAGAAGAUCAGUCAUUGAAGAUGUGUUUAAGAAUGGCGGAAGUCUGCACCGCGCUCUGUGGUGCCAGAUGCCGGAGGUGAUUGAGUCUGGCAUUUUGGACAAACUGACAGACCCAGAGAAGAAAAUACAGGAGGCCAUGUUUGAAAUCAUUACUUCUGAGGCUUCCUACCUGAAGUCCCUGAAAGUGCUCAUCCAGGUGUUCCUCAUGGCCCCAGAGUUCCAGCCUGAGAUGUCUGACAAGUGUGUCAUCGAUCGGCGCCAGAGGCAGGUCCUCUUCUCCAAUAUCGGACACAUCAAGGAUAUUAGCGAAGAGUUUCUGAAGGAUCUGGAAGAGAGAUGGCAAGAAUCCUGCUACAUACAGGACAUCUGUGACAUCAUUCACAAACAUGCAUCCAACAGGUUUGAGCCUUAUGUGCGCUACUGUGGCAACCAGGCAUUCCAGGAUCGAGUCCUCAAUUUGUUACGACUAAACACAGACUUCACCGAUGCAGUCAGAAAGUUGGAACAGCACCCAGACUGCCAGUUCCUCCCCCUGGGCUCGUUCCUUCUGUUGCCGAUGCAACGCAUCACCAGGCUGCCAUUGCUGGUUGAUGCCGUUUGUCAUCGGCUGGACCCCAACACUCCAGCUCAUGUUAGCGCCAAGAAAGCUAUGGACAGUUUGACAAAGGUAGCCAAGCGAUGUGAUGAAGCAGCAAAAAAGAUGCAGCAGACGGAGCAGAUUUGUGUGCUGAAAUCAAACCUGGAGUUCAAGGUCAAGGAAUUCCCGCUGAUCUCUGCGUCAAGGUUCCUGGUCAAGCAAGGAGAACUGUCCCAGAUCAAAGCCGAAGGGGCUGGACGCAAGCCGUUAAGUAAACUGCUGGGGUCCCACAAGGAGCAUGUGUACCUGUUCCUCUUCAACGACAUCCUGUUGGUUACCAAGAAGAAGGGCACGGUAUUCCAAGUCAGAGAUUACUGUCAGCGCAAUGCUGUUCAUGUGGAGGCAAUCGAUAACCCAGACAAGACCAGACAUUUAGUGCCAGGCUCGGCUACAGGCAUCCCCAACAUCUUGUUCCUGGCCAUGCUGGCCAACCACGAGAGCCGACAAGUGGAGAUGGUUCUGUCAUGCAAGUCUGAGAGUGAGAGAACCCGGUGGAUAGAUGCCAUCAUGCCCACACAUACAUCCACGGAGUCGGAGCGGAUUUACGAUUGUUGGGACUGCCCACAGUUCCACUGUGUGCGGAAGUACAUUGCUAAGCAACCUGAUGAACUCAACCUGGAAGAAUCUGAUGUCGUCAAUGUCACUCGCAAGAUGGCUGACGGUUGGUAUGAGGGGGAGAGAAUCCGUGACGGGGAGAAAGGCUGGUUUCCCGCUAGUCACACGGAGGAGAUCAAUAACAGCCACGUGAGGGCACGGAACCUGCGACUGAGGUACAGGCUCAUGAGAGCUUCUCAGGAAUAUUCACAGAUGGAGCUGCGUAAAAAAUAG